GUAUCUUCGUUGAUUCGCCGAAGGAAGAAAUGUUAGGCCAAGACUUAUCCUUUUCUAAAACCCUAAACCCUAGGUUCUCCUUCUCCCCUUUCUCCCUCCGCAAAUCUCCACCCAACUCCUUCGCACGAAGGACCAUAUCCGUUUUACCAGUCACCGAGAGGAAUUUUACUUUCGGAGUCAAAAGCUCCGAGCUUUAUGGUGGCUUCCGGCGAGACGUCCGCGCAUUGGCGGGUCGGAGCAAGAAGAAACCCGGAGGCUCAUCCGGCGGGAGGAUAGAAGGAGACUCCGACACGAGGAAGCAGGCGAAGCGCAACGCCCGCGAGAAGUCCAAGAAGCUAGCGGAGUCUCUGUUCUACCGCCUCUACAACAACCCCGACAAGUCCCGAAGCAACAUCCUCAGCAGCCACCCGGACAAGUUCACUGAAGACGAGCUCGAGAUGAUCGGGCUCGGCUACGACAGGAUGGUCCGGUUCAUGGACAAGGACGACCCGAGGCUGCGCCACCCUCACGACUGGUUCAAGUACGGUGAGUUCGGGCCUUACUCGUGGCGCGGCGUCGUGGUCGGGGACCCCGUCCGCGGGACGAUCUCCGACGAGUGCGUGACCAUGUACGGGGAAGUGGCGAAUCACGAGGAGUUUGAGAAGGUUGAGCAGCACGAGAUGAACCUAGCGUUUCAGAAACGGGUCAAGGAGUUGGAUUCGGGUGUUGGGUUGAGGUACUUUUGGGUUUUCGUUAGGCAUCCCAAGUGGAGGCUGAGUGAGUUGCCGUGGGAGCAGUGGACGUUGGUGAGUGAGGUCGUUGUGGAGGCGGAUAAGAAGAAGAGGUUGGAUAAGUGGAACUUGAUGGGGAGGUUGGGGAACAAGUCGAGGUCUUUGAUAUGCCAGUGCGCGGCUUGGUUUAGGCCUGAUAUUGUCUAUGUGAAGAAGCCUGUGUUUCAGUGUAGGUUCGAGCCUCAGGAAGAUUUUUUUAACUCGAUUGUGCCUUAUUUGAACCCUGUGACGGAGGCUGGAUUUGUUUUUGAGGUGGAGGAUGAUGAUGGUGGGGUGGAGUUGAGUACUUACUAUGGAGGGUUGUGUAAGAUGUUGAAGGUGAGGCAGACGGCUUUUGUGGAUGAUGUGGUGAAGGCUUAUGAGAAGUGUAGCGAUGAGAAGAAGUCUAAGGUUUUGAGGUUUUUGCUUGGGAACCAUCCUAUUGAGUUGUUGCAUCCGUAUACGAAGGAGUGGAAAGCGAAGCUGGAGGAGAUGGAGCUUGGGUGUGAUGCUCCGGAUGAAGACGAGGAUGAGGUGAUUAAUAGUGGGAGCUCGGAGAAGGCUGAGUUUUCUGAAUGGGUUGAAGAUGAAGGUGGUGAUAGCGAGAUGGAGGAAGAAGAAGAAGAGGAUGAUGAUGAUGAUAAUAUGGUUGUUGAUGUGGAAGGGAACGUGGAAGAAGACAGUUUGGAAGGUGAAGUAGAUGAGGUUGAUCAGGAAGAGGAUGAGAGGUAUUGGGAAGAGCAAUUCAAGAAAGCGACAAGUAAUGCAGAGAGGAUGGAGAAGCUUGCGGAGAUGAGCAUGGUGGUGUCAGAUCAGUUUUAUGAGAAGCAGUUAAAGGCAAUGGCGGAAAGAGAAGAUGGAGAUGGAGAUCUUGGAGGAGAUGAGUUGGAGAUGAGAGGUAAGAAGGCGAAAGUGAAGCCAGAAGAAUGGAAGACAGUAGGAUAUGGAAGGUGGAUGAAGAAGAUAAAGAAGAGUAGAAUCCCACCUGAGCUCUUUCUUCGUGCAGCUGUUAGGCCCUUUGUUUACAGAAACCUUGUGAAAGAGAUUGUUCUGACAAGACACGCUAUUUUGGAAGGCGAGAUUGGCCAAAAUGAGUGAUAAUAACCAGUUCAGGUCUUGUCUGUUUUGAUUAUUACUGAUAGAAUGUUUUAUGUAUGGUAUUAGAGCAUUAAGAAGAGAUUAUCCAAGAACUUUCCAACCUUAUGUAUGUAAAAUGAGUUCGAAAUCGAAGCAUUUUUUUGUUCUCAA